CUCCGGCUCCCCGUUGCCUCCGGUGCCCGCCGCCUCCUCCGCGGCUCUCCGGCUCCCCGGUGCCCGCUGCUGCCGCAGCCUCCUCCUCAGGAAGUCCGGUUCGAUGUGGGCCUCGUGUCCAUCGCCCUGCGGACGCGUCAGUCUGGUGUGUGGCCUCCUCCUGCUGGCCUCCUCCCCGCUCCUCACGGCAGGCCGACUGAGCAACUGCACGCACCCUCUGGUGCCGGAACAUGGAGGGUUCCGCUGCGAUCCGUCUCCGUGUCGAGGUUUCCCCCACAAGAGCUCCAUUCACUUCUUCUGCGAGCCCGGUUACCACGUCAACAACAAGGUCCGCGUCUCCAGGUGUCGCCACGGGAGGUGGCAGCCCCCGAUUCCUGCCUGCAUCCCCUUCAGAGAGGGUCCCAACAUGCGCUCUGACGACCGGGUGAACGACUCCAUGCCCAGCAUGGCCACAACGGCGGUGGGCGUGUCCAUCUUCCUGCUCACCACCACCGCCUGCCUAGUCGUCAAGUCCCGCCUCUACCCCUGUCAAUCACACAGCAGCCGUCGCUCCUCAGACCAGCUGGACCUGAUGGUGGACGGACUCCCCGUCUCCCUCCCCUCCUACGAGGAGGCGGUGUACGGCAGCUGGGGGCAGCGCCUGCCCGCCUUCUCGGCCCCGGGACCCACCCAGCUCCUGUUGGCUCAGGAGGCUCCCAUCAAUCACCCGGCGUCUCUCAACAACCAAUCAGACAGCAGCAACCGCCCGCUCCUGCCCAGCCCUGACAACCCCCCGCCCCCCUACGAGGAGGUCCUGUCGUCGGACCCCAGAGACAGGGUGGGGGCCGGGGACGUCCGGCCGCUACGUGUUGCGUUUUCAGACGACAAAGACACUUGAUUGAGGGUCGGGGGUCGGGGGGGGGGGGGUCCACAUGUGACCACGUGAGAUCACGUGAGACCACGUGUUAUUUAGCAAUGAAGGAUUUUGAUUGACGCCUGCAGUGUUUACUCUGCAGAUCCAUA